UUGGAAUUGAUUGGCGAUCACCGAUACUGCUCUUGAUGAAGGAAAAAGCCAAGAGGUCAAACAACCUUAAUGAAUGCUACGUUGCAUUUUGUUAUCUAUUCCAGAGAACAUGCGCUGUCUCUCUCAUUCCCACGACUUCUGGUAAUAAUACGUAAUAAAAAUGGCAGCCGUUAGUUAAUUGCAUCGCGAGCGUUAACAUGGCAAGUUCAAGUAAAAUGCCCAAGCUGUCCUUAUCAAUGAAAAAGAAACCAGUGCCGUCCACAAGUAAUAAUAAUAAUGGGAAAGCUAAAGUUCGUAGCGCAGUGCCGUCCACAAGUGGGAAAGCUAAAGUUCUUAGCGACAUUAGGAUUGCACCACCAAAACCACCACCGCCGCUAAUACCUAUCGCGAGUGCGCCAUCCCUUCCGCUCCUAGAGGACCAAUAUUCGGUCAUCACGAUCAACUCAGACGAUGAGUCUGGGGGUCGAACAGCACAAAUACGUACGGAGCCGACUGUCGAUUCGCAGCUUGCGGAUCUGUUAGAUGCAAUUGAGGGUAGAGGGCCAUCAUGCACCCAAAAUCGAAUUUACCCACCAUUAAUAAGAUCGCCGUCGCCGGCUCCUCCACUUCCGCCAGCUGGAGAUAAUUUAUUGAAAUGUUUGUUAAAUCGCUAAUGCCAUACCUCUCUUUUCUUGUGUGUAGUACCACCACAACUAUGGCAAUGCUUCCAAGGGCUGGCAAAAACAUGGAGCAAGCGCUUCAGAUUUAUGGAUUUGGUGGAGGAGACCCAUGCGGCGGCGCAGGUAACUGGAAUGGGAGCCCAUCAACGCCCAAACAGGUUGCGGAGGCGACGUAUGCGAGCCUCCUUAAGAUGGCUCCCGAAUAUGAAAGGAAGCUGCUUGACGCGCAGGCUAAGGUGUCCAAAUUGGUCCUCGACCUAGAAGAAGCGCGGGAGGAAGAACGCUCAA